GAGGGGGCUGGGUCUGCCUGUGGUGCAGAGGGUUGGGUGGGCCUGUGUAAGCUGAGGUGGCCUCUGGCUGGAGAUUGGGCUCUGCUGUGUCUUCACCUCUUGGCUCGGUUCCCCUGUGCUCCAUGACUCCCGCAUCUCCUGGCUGCUUCUCGUUGGUUUGGAAUUGUCCCUAUGGUUGGGGCCAUCUGAGUGUGUAGGGCCUAGGCCAAGGAAGAAAGGGAGGAGCUGCCCACGUACAGCUGGCUGUGGGUUUGAACAGGAGUAUGAGGUCGCUGAGGGUUUGGGGAGAUUUUCCUGAGCUGCCCUCGCCCCAGUUCUGAGCCGUCACCUUCCAGUAUAGCAUGGGGGAGGAGCACUCACAAAAGAGCCGUGGGUUGUAAAUUCCACGCCCGGACCUUGGGAAGGCUCUUCCUUUCUCUAAUUUUUCUUUCAGAAAGCUGGAACCACGAUACUGUUUCCCCCCAUAAAGCUAGUAAUAAUAGUAGUCAUUUAUUGUGUGCUUACUUUGUACUAAGCACUGACACGUUCCAUUCCAUUUAAUUCUCCCAACAAUUCUAGGAAGUAGGGAUCGUUAUCUCUGUUUGACAGAUAUGAAAACUGAGGCUCGGCGAGGAUGUUUAAUUUUUUCAAGAUCACGCAGCUAGUAGGUGGCUGAGCUAGGGUUUCAGCCCAACCCUUACUCCAGAACCCAUGGCCUUAACCACUAUGCCAACCAGUCUUUAGGGCACACUCCCAGGGAGGGAAGAGGGAGGUGAAAAAUUCUGAGGCCCCCUGUUAUGUUUUAUUUACGUUGUGGCCAGCCCGGACUUGCCCUGACCCAACCCCUAGUCUCUCCUCUGGUGCAGCUACCUCUGGGCCCCAGACUGAACUGGCACCAAAGAAGCGGGCUGUAGCCAUUCCAAGCACCCUUCACACAGUGCUUGGGUGCUGGACUCAGGUCAGCUUUCGAGACAAUUGCUGUUUCAAUCGUUCAUCCAUCUACCCUCCUUAAUGAGUAACCUCCCUCCUUCGAGCUGGACCAGAGGACGCAUGAGGCAGGGUCUCUAAGCUCUAUAGUCCCAGCUCCCCUCUGGCCCCCUGAGAGCAGGGGCAGUAAGGAGCUAUGGCUGAGGCUGGUCCAGCCACUUCCCGGGGACAAGGACCAUGCAGUGGGAAAAACAGUAGACUUGGAGUUCUGAAACUUUUCUGAGCUUCGGUUUCCUCAUCUAUUAGAGAGGUUAUUAAAACCUCUCCCAGGGAAAGCUGCUGCCGCACACCCCGCGUCUUCUGGCCGUGUCCCUCUUUGCUGCCCCUCCCCACAGGCUCCCCCUCUCUGCCUCCUGGGGACCAUCAUGAAUGGUGCCCCUUCCCCGGAGGAUGGGGCCUCCCCCUCCCCCGCCCCGCUGCUACCACCCCCUCCCCCAAGUUGGCGGGAGUUCUGCGAGUCCCACGCCCGGGCUGCCGCCCUGGAUUUUGCCCGCCGUUUUCGCCUCUACCUGGCCUCCCACCCCCAAUACGCGGGGCCUGGGGCCGAGGCUGCCUUCUCCCGCCGUUUUGCCGAGCUCUUCCUGCAGCACUUUGAGGCUGAGGUGGCCAGGGCCUCUGGCUCCCUCUCACCACCCAUCCUGGCUCCCCUGAGUCCUGGUGUGGACAUCUCGCCACAAGACCUGUCCCUUGAGAGCUGCAGGGUGGGUGGGCCCCUGGCUGUGUUGGGCCCUUCUCGAUCAUCUGAGGACCUGGCCGGCCCCCUCCCUUCCUCAGUCUCUUCUUCUUCUACGACCUCCUCAAAGCCGAAGCUAAAGAAACGCUUCUCCCUCCGCUCAGUGGGUCGCUCUGUCCGAGGUUCGGUCCGUGGCAUUCUGCAGUGGCGGGGGACCGUUGACCCUCCCUCCCCAGCUGGGCCCCUGGAGACCUCAUCAGGGCCACCAGUCUUAGGUGGAAACAGCAACUCUAAUUCCUCUGGUGGGGCUGGGACCAUUGGUAGGGGACUGGUUAGUGAUGGAAUGUCCUCUGGGGAAAGAUGGACUCACCGUUUUGAGAAGCUGAGACUAAGUCGGGGAGGGGGGACCCUGAAGGACGGCACAGGGAUGGUCCAGAGGGAGGAGGUGCUGAGUUUCAUGGGGGCUGAAGAGGCAGCCCCUGACCCAGCUGGAGUGGGCCGGGGAGGUGGGGCAGCUGGGCCUAGCUCAGGGGUAGGAGGGCAGCCUCAGUGGCAGAAGUGUCGCUUACUGCUUCGAAGCGAAGGAGAAGGAGGAGGAGGAAGUCGUCUGGAGUUCUUUGUACCACCCAAGGCUUCUCGGCCCCGACUCAGCAUUCCCUGCUGUACCAUCACGGAUGUCCGGACAACCACGGCCCUGGAGAUGCCUGACAGAGAGAACACGUUCGUGGUUAAGGUAGAAGGCCCCUCGGAGUAUAUCUUGGAGACAGCUGAUGCUCUACACGUGAAGGCCUGGGUGUCUGACAUCCAGGAAUGCCUGAGCCCAGGACCCUGCCCUGUUACCAGUCCCCGCCCCAUGACUCUUCCUCUGGCCCCUGGGACUUCGUUCCUUGCAAGGGAGAACACAGACAUCCUGGAACUGCCCUGUCUGAAUCACUCAGAGAGUCUGCCCAGCCAGGAUCUGAUGCUGGGCCCCAGUGAGAGCAACGACCGCCUGUCGCAGGGGGCAUACGGGGGCCUCUCAGACCGUCCCUCGGCAUCCAUCUCCCCCAGUUCCACCUCCAUUGCUGCCUCCCAUUUUGACUCAAUGGAACUGCUUCCCCCAGAGUUACCCCCCCGCAUCCCCAUUGAAGAGGGACCCCCAGCAGGCACAGUUCAUCCCCUCUCAGCCCCCUACCCUUCCCUGGACACUCCAGAAACAGCCACAGGGUCAUUCCUGUUCCAGGGGGAGUCAGAGGGAGGUGAGGGGGACCAGCCCCUCUCAGGAUAUCCGUGGUUCCACGGGAUGCUCUCUCGACUCAAGGCUGCCCAGUUAGUGCUGACAGGAGGCAUUGGCUCCCACGGUGUCUUCCUGGUACGUCAGAGUGAGACGAGGCGGGGUGAAUAUGUCCUCACCUUCAACUUCCAGGGCAAGGCCAAGCACCUGCGUUUGUCACUGAAUGAGGAGGGGCAGUGCCGGGUUCAGCACCUGUGGUUCCAGUCCAUUUUCGAUAUGCUUGAGCAUUUCCGGGUGCACCCCAUCCCUCUGGAGUCUGGAGGCUCCAGUGAUGUUGUCCUUGUCAGCUAUGUCCCAUCCUCCCAGCGACAGCAGGGUGAGCAGAGCAGGUCUGCAGGGGAGGAGGUGCCCGUGCACCCAAGAAGUGAGAACCGAACACCUCCCAUGACCCACCCCAGCCCCCUGAACCCCCUUCAUGGACAGAUCCCCCACAUCCUGGGGCAGAAGAGGCGUCGGGGGCACCAGAAGUGGCGGCAGCAACAGCCGCAGCAGCCAAAGAGAGGCAAGAGAAAGAGAAAGCGGGCAGUGGAGGGGUCCAGGAAGAGCUGGUCCCCGUGGUUGAGCUGGUCCCCAUGGCUGAAUUGGAAGAGGCCAUAGCACCAGGCAUGGAGGCCCAGGGAGGCACUGGAUCUGGAGGGGACAUGGGGAUGACCCCAAUGGUGCAGCUCCAGCAGUUACCACUGGGGGGCGACGGAGAAGAAGGGGGCCAUCCCAGAGCCAUUAAUAAUCAGUACUCCUUUGUGUGAGACACCCCACCCUUUUGCCACUCUUUUUGCUCCCCAGCCCUCAGGUGAUGGGAUUGGGCUGAGUAGGGACAUAGAGGAGAGGUAGGAAUCCCUUCCCCACAUGCUUUCUGACCCUUGUCGGCCAAGGGCACAUAUGCUGGUACAAGCAGAGGUUCAAGAGUUCUGUUAACUCCCCUGUUCAUACACUACAGGUGCCCCUUCCCCUGGGCAGGGGAUUUGGGCUCCAUUACCUCCCUAAGGGGCUCUUACGGUCAGCCCCACGCCUGGGGGGCCGUUUCCCCAUUAACCACCCCCCAGCCCAAGGAAGGGUGAGGGGAAAGGGCUGUCAGUUAUAUUAAGGUUGUUGUUGUUGUUGUUUUAAACAAAAUGGAGAAGCAUAAAUAAAUACAAGGGUUUCUCUCA